AUGCCACGUUCCUUUUUGGUGAAGCAGCCGAAGGUUCACGAUUUCUCAUCUUCUAACUACUACCAUCAGCAGCAGCAGCACUGGGAGGACUCUUACACUGUGACACAUGCCAUCACAGAGUCGGCGACCAACUUGGCGGUGCGUUUGAGUGAAAAUGAUUUAAAUGUGCUGCUGUUGCGAGGCAGCGACAGGUGGAUCGAUCAGGAGCCAAACUAUUGCUCUACUGACUGUUUUGUCAAUGUCAGCACAUUGUGUAUAACUCGUAUUCAGCCACAAUGUGACUUUCACCCCCCGCCCCCAAUGAUAGCACUUGUUGGAGCCAGUAAAGGCUACAUCCACGAUUACAUUAUCCCCUCAGUGUUGCAGAGCACAAAGGAGCCAGGUCAUGAGCAGGACGGACUCUCCUCAAUGCCCCUGUACUCCCCAGGUGACAGUGGCGGGGAAGAGUUCUCCGACCAUGACAUGGAGCAUCCGGACAGUCCCGUUUCUAGUGGCACAGUUGAGUCAGACAGUAGCAGCCCUGAGUUGGAGGCGUGCGACAUCAACACCUUCCUCAUCUCUGAUGGCCGCUCCCGCCGUAGGCUGAACCAGAGGUGUCCGCGCAAGGGAGGCAGCCAAUCGGACAGCAGUGAGGGUAUCGGCUCGGCAGACUGCAGCCCCACCAAAGGGAAAUCCAAAGGGCGCCACAUGUGCGGCGAAUGUGGCAAGUCUUACGCCACGUCUUCCAAUCUGAGCAGACACAAACAGACGCACCGCAGUCUGGACAGCCAACAGGCAAGGAAGUGUCCCACCUGCCACAAGGUGUACGUGUCCAUGCCAGCACUGGCCAUGCACAUGCUGACCCAUGACCUGAAGCACGAGUGCACGGUAUGCGGCAAAGCCUUCAGUCGACCCUGGCUCCUACAGGGCCACAUGAGGUCCCACACUGGGGAGAAACCGUUCGCCUGUGCCCACUGUGGCAAAGCCUUCGCCGAUCGCUCCAACCUGCGCGCCCACAUGCAGACGCACUCGGCCUUCAAGCACUACUCCUGCAAACGCUGCCACAAAAGCUUUGCACUCAAGUCAUACCUGAACAAGCACUACGAGUCGGCCUGCUUCAAAGGGCACCAACCAGAGGACGACAGCAGCUCUGAGGACUGA